AUGUCGAAGGCGAAGGUGGGGGAAAGUCCGAGACCGGUGGAAUCGGAGGAGGAAUUCGAAGUCGAAGAUCAAGAUAUGGAUAUGGAGUUCCUCAAAGGCGGUUACAUCCGUCUCAAUCGAGCUCGCAAACAAGCAGAUUCCAAAAUCGAUGAGGUGAAUCAACAGUUGCGAUCGAUCCUCAAGAUUCUGGAGAAACCUGACUCGGCGACGAGGCCACAAAUGGAACCAGGAUCUUCCCAGCAUCAGGUAUACUCACAAAAUUGGGAACGAAACCAGGAUUAUCAUCCGCUAGGUUAUCGAUCUGGGCAUAUGAAUGUUGCGAAUAGAGAGUCGAUGUUGCAGAAAAUACAGAUGCCAGUUUUUGCGGGAACGCAACCUUAUGUGUGGGUUACAGAGGUGGAAAGAUGGUUUACUAUUGGGAAGUAUGAGGAUGAUGAAAAGCUGGAGCUGGUUGGGUUGAGUUUAGAAGGAAAGGUUAAGAAAUGGUUUGGAUGGGAGUUGAAAUGA